UUGAGGUAUCCGUUUUUAUUCGAAAAGCGGAAAAAUCGAGAGAAUUCGCCGAAUUCGAGAAAAUAUGGCUUCUCAAAAGUAAGGAAAAUAGAGGUUAGACGCGAUUGCCAUGACGGAAAUGACAUGGAAGGGGUAUUCGGACGCGAGUUACUGCAGUCUUUUAUACGACUCCUUGCAAGAAUUCAGGAGAAAUCAUUAGACCGAGAUGGGCGGGGUGUAGCAGCUAUCAAAGAGAAAUCCAUUCUUGGUGGGCCAGCGUCGUCGAUACCACGCUAUGCCCGGGUAAAUACACUGAAGUGGACUAUGGAAGAAGCCACGGAACAAUUAAAGAACGAAGAUUGGAAGGUUAUCUGCCUAACACACGAAGACAACUUCAUUGACCGCGUCAGUAGCAUGGCAGAAAAUGAAGUCAUUGUUGACCCACAUGUGGAAAAUUUGCUGAUUUUUCCGCACUCCAAAGAGUUCCAUCGAUAUUGGCCCGUGGAACAACGCUAUCUCAUUCUUCAAGAUAAGGCAUCUUGUUUACCUGCAUACGUGCUUGCUCCUCUUCCCGGAUCUCAUGUUUUUGAUACAUGUGCGGCUCCAGGAAUGAAGACAAGCCACGCUGCUGCCAUCCUUGGAGGGACUGGGUUAGUAAUCUGGGCAACAGAUCGGUCAGAGGAUCGGAUAGAAACGAUGAAACAAAUUCUGGAAGAGUGUGAGGUUAAAAAUGCCACUAUUCUCCACGGAGACUUCCUCAAAACUGAUGUGAACGCAAAAAAGUUUUCUGAGGUGAAGUACGCAAUCGUUGAUCCUCCGUGUUCCGGUUCUGGUAUGGUAAAACGAAUGGAUGAACUUACAGGUGGUAAUGCUCAAGCAGAGCGUUUAGCAAAACUAAGGAAUCUUCAGACCAUGAUAUUAAAACAUGCUCUGAAGUUUCCAAAUUUGCAACGCGCUGUCUACUCAACAUGUUCUAUUUUUGAAGAAGAGAAUGAAAUGGUAGUGGAUGAGGUUUUACUUGAUACCUAUGUGCGCCAGAAUUUUCAUCUGGCUUCAUCUGUGUUGCCAACUUGGAACCAUAGAGGAUUGGACACAUAUGAUUUUGGCGCAGACUGCCUCCGCGCUGAUCCUUCCAAGACUUUGACGAAUGGUUUUUUUGUUGCUGUUUUUGAGAGAACAUCUGCUGAAGAGAGAGUUCGAAGCGAAAGUUCGAACAACAAAAUGUGUAAAAUGAAUGAAGAUGGCCGAAACACAACAGCGGUGAAGAAAAAAAGGAAAAGAAAAAUGGGGCUAGAAGGGUGCGGUGGUGAAGUUAAAGUUGCAAAACGUAAAAGUUUGUAA